GCGAAGAAACAUCGUAUUCCACGAAACCAUCCGACCACCACUCGGUCCGCCAACGCAACGUCCCAGGGCAAUGAGCGGGCAACCCACCUUGACCAGCAGGCCUCCUUUGGUUUGAUUUGGGGGUUUUCUUUGUGGCCACAAAUAGCACACACACAAGCUCGAGGCAUGACCAUGGAUGGCCGCCGCCGUCGCGGUGCCAUCGCCGUCUACCCGCUUGCCUAGAAGUCUAGGUAGAGCGGUCACGGCCAUCGCCUUCAACCAACGACGCUAGCGACAACAGAAACCAAGAGCGAAUGGAUGGCCGCCGCAUCCGGACAGGUUGGGGUGUCAUUACCCAACCCAAAAUCGCCCGUUUUGGGUCAAGUUUCUUCUCAGAUCAUCACCGUCACCUAGCCUUCCCGCUCAGUCCCUGACGGAGGGAUCGUCUCUCCAGCUUUAUUGUCCUGUCCAUAGAGUGGAGGCCGCCCUCGAUGAUACCUAGGUGCCUACAGCCUACUCCGUAGGUACGGAGUCACUGUGCUACCUCAAACCUGCGCCGCCGUCGCAGUCCCUGCAGAUGAUGGACUCGAACUUUCCCAGGACGUUUUCUUUCCAAAUCUUUGGCGGUCUUGGCUGAUGGUGCCCAGUGGCGCCGCUAGCAUCGUCAGGAGAACCCGUCGCCGUUUCCGUGAAGGAUCGGUCGCUUUGCUCUUUACCUUUGACAACUUGAAUUAGGUUUUGAUCCACGUUACCUACCUGUCCCUCGCCAUCUCACUCCUCACCCUUUUAGAAUCCUCGAUCCGGGGGGCUGCCAUCUCUCGGGUGAGGCGAGGGCCUGGCCAUCUAGUGGCUGGAUGGGCAUCCGGAAGGGAAAAAGAAGCACUUGCGCACGCACGAUCCCGUCUCACAUUCCGGUGCACCGUGGCAGGGGACAACCUCCAAAGCGACGUCGCCUUUGACUACGGCCCACGGGGUCAAGACAACCACUCGGACGAUUUUGUCGAUCACUCUUUAAUAAAUCGUCCAAUAUCCCGCCUGCUUCUGCAUCUGCUUCCCCAGACUCUUGAUUGCAGCAUUCCUGACAGAGCCGCAACCCCAACCGCCAAGCCACACACGGACAAGCAGCAGCAGCAGCAAGCGGAAUCAUGUCUUUCAGACGGGCACCUCUCGUGAGCCUCGCUCUCACGCUGUUGCCGUUGGUCAUGGCCGAUGACCACCCCUAUGUCGCCGAUUCAGUAUGCGACUGCUACUUGACCAACACAUCAGAGAGCUACUUCAGCAACCACCUGUUCUUCGACUUCCGCAACCUUGGCCAAUACGCCGGGGUCCCAGAUGCCCUCACGGACUGGGAUGCGAGCGCCAACGCAAACACAACAUCCGACUACUUCAACACAGACGCAUGGAACGCGAUAUGGGGCAUUCAGAACUGGAAUAACACAGAUCGCAAGGGCAAAGACGGCAACGACGCCACGGUCAACAUGGUCAACUCGCCAAACAACAUUUACAUUGAAAAGAACAACGACAAGGACGCCACCUCGGACACGUUCAUGAGCAUGCGCACCGUCCGCUUCGAAGACUUCCAGUCCUCGGCCGAGAUGGAGUCCGUCUCCAUGGGCUACCACUUCGUCUCGGUCCGCAUGCUCGCCCGCACCCUCGGCGACCCGGGCGCCUGCACGGCGCUCUUCACUUACCGCGAGGCCGACAAGUACGCCAACGUGCAGGAGGCCGACAUCGAGGUGCUCACCAAGGACCCGGACGACCGCAUCCAGUACACCAACCAGCCGUCGUUCGACUCGAGCGGCAACACCAUCGACAAGUCGACGCAGAACGGUACCAUGCCCAAGGGCACUUCGUGGCGCGACUGGGCCGUCCACCGCCUGGACUGGGACGCGAAGGAUAGCACCUGGCUCGUCGACGGCUCCGAGGUGUCGAGCAUCUCCUUUCAGGUGCCCCGCGACCCCAGCCGCGUCAUGCUCAACUCGUGGAGCGACGGCGGUUCGUGGUCUGGCGUCAUGGAGGUCGGGCACUCGGCCGUCAUGCAGAUCCAGUGGAUCGAGAUGGUUUUCAACUCCACGGAAUCGUCUUCGAAGCGCGACGUCCUCGAUAACAGCUACCACCAGGCCGGUCUCGGUCCUAGGGGUAACCUGGAGCGCCGCCGCGGCGAGGGCAAGUGCCAGAUUGUGUGCAGCAUCGACUCGUCAAACACCAUUGGCGCAGCGGUGAUGCUGCACAACGGUACGGCGCCCGGGCAGCUCCUGGGACAGUCGAGCGCCAUGGCUUUCUGGGUGCCUGUGGCCUUGAUGUCGGCCAUGUUCUACCAGCUGUGGGCGUGAUUGUGAUUCACAGUCGAGGCGAGACGGGGGGUGUUUGCAUCUGAUUUAAGCCAGCAUAGCAACGGGGUUCAAAUAUGGGAUUUGUCUACUUAGCAUCCUACAAUGAAAUACAUUUUCAAGCUU